CGUGUUGCUGGGUGGAUUGCUCUGUAAUCUGUACCUCGUGAUCACUACCUUGUUUACUGUUCAUCAGUCAACAGUGAGGUACAUCUGAUCAGAGAGCUUUAACAGCAAACCAGAGAGAAUCCGCCAAAGACCGACACACACCGAAGAGGCUACCAUGACCGCCCGGCUAUGAGACAUCUGGAGCCAUGGCGGCUUGGCACCGGAUAACCGCCCUAUCUUCGCUGCUCCAAGUCGGGUUGUUAUUGUUGUUAUUUUCGGCUCGGAGCAGCGGGAGAACGCUGGAGAAAUGUCUCGGUGGCAAAUCUUGUCAGCCCCUGAGACCGCCCGUGGUCCUCAUUCCGGGGGAUUUGGGAAACCAGUUGGAGGCAAAGCUGGAUAAACCCAGUGUGGUCCAUUACAUCUGCUAUAAGAAGACGGACUUCUUCACUUUGUGGCUCAACCUGGAGCUGCUGAUUCCUGUAGCCAUUGACUGUUGGAUUGACAACAUAAGGCUUAUCUACAACAGUACCACACACAGCACCUCGUCCCCCCCGGGUGUGGAAAUCCGUGUCCCGGGUUUCGGACAGACGUAUUCUGUGGAGUAUCUGGACCCCAGUAAACGUAGUGUGGGCAUGUAUUUCUUCACUAUAGUGCAGGCGAUGGUAGAGUGGGGCUACACCAGAGAUGAUGAUGUCAGAGGAGCACCCUAUGAUUGGAGGAAAACCCCCAAUGAAAAUAAGGAGUAUUUCCUGGCGCUGCAGAAGAUGAUUGAAGAGAUGGCAGAGAAGGCAGGAGGGCCCGUGGUGCUCAUCGCUCACAGCAUGGGCAACAUGUACACCCUGUACUUCCUCAACCAGCAGCCACAGGCCUGGAAGGACCGAUACAUCAAAGCAUUCAUCUCUCUGGGAUCACCGUGGGCCGGGGUGGCCAAGACCCUCCGGGUGCUCAUCUCUGGUGAUAAUAACCGCAUCCCGGUGAUCAGCCCGCUGAAGAUUCGCUCCCAACAACGUUCUGCUGUCUCCACCUCCUGGCUGCUGCCCUACGCCCACUCCUGGGCCGAAGAUCAGGUGUUGGUGCAGACCCCCACCACCAACUACACCGUGCUGGACUACCAGCGCCUCUACAAGGACAUCGGCUUCGAGGACGGCUGGAUGAUGCGGAAGGACACGGAGCCGCUGGUGGCCGACCUCAGCCCCCCCGGCGUGGCCGUCCACUGCCUGUACGGCAGCGGCGUCCCCACGCAGGCCAGCUUCCAGUACACCAACAAGUUCCCCGACGUGGAGCCCACGGUGGUGAUGGGCGACGGGGACGGGACGGUCAACCUGCAGAGCGCCAAGCAGUGCGUCCGCUGGGUGGUGGGGCAGAAACAGCCCGUGAUGUUGAAGGAGCUCGACGGGAACGAGCACGUGGACAUGCUGCUGAACUUCACCACCGUGGCUUACAUCAAGGACGUGCUGUUCUCCCCGUGAUGCUGGCAGGAAGCGACACGUCUCUCCGGACAGUGACUGCUAAUGUAUUCUUGUGUACACCACUAUGCUUUAGAAAACAUUGUUACAUUUAAAAAAAAACUGAUUUUAACUUAAUUUUAUAUACUGAAAACUCAGAAAAGUUGACUAAUGAAAUAUAUUGUCAACAAAUUACACAUAAUUGUAUUAGGAUAGUUGAUAUUAGGUUCAACUUAAUAUUAUUGCUUUUAAAUAACCUAAUACAAUUAUGUGUCAUUUGUUGAUAAUACAUUUAAUUAGGGUCAACGUCUCAGUUAUGUCAGUGUAGCUUUAAUUAUACAAUGUAUGUUAAUGCCAGGUUGUUUACUAUUGAGUAAUCCUAAAUUCAAUGACUUUUAUAUUAUCAGCUUUUAAACCCAAGAUUUUACCUACUAAAUCUACAAUAGGACGUGUGUAUGUACAAGUCAACCAGGGAUAUACUGUAUGUGCCACUUUCUUAGGUUAUUAAUCAAAGUCAGAUGAUUUAUUCAUGUUGUGAAAGAGAUUUCUGACUCUAAUGUAAGCUCAACAGUAAAGCAUAUACAGCUUUUCUAUAGUUCUAAGUCACGUUUCAGUGCUUUUAGUAGACGUUUGCUGAUUAAAUGAGUCGUGUGCUGAAGGACUGGAUCCACAUCUGGGAUAUGGAAGUUGGUUUCAGUCUGGUUGAAGCCACUCAAAGGUCAUAUAGCAUGGUUAAACAGUUUUACACUUUAAAGUCCACUUACUGGCUUUUCUAUGAGCUUUCAAUCGCAUCUCACAGUAUUAAUUAAAAGUCAGCUACUUUUAUAGAGUAUUUAAAAAUGAAUAUAUAUUUUUUGUUGAAGAUUUUUUGCUUUGAAUUAGAUCGUACAGGCGAAGAUAAUCAAAAAGAAGCGAGAUCGGAUCAAAUCCUGGGCUAUUGAUGAUUUUUUUAAGAGUUUAAACGAAUACAUUCAUUUCAAAUUCUGCUCCUGAUUUCUAAAUGACCAAAAACAGAGAGGUAGGGAGAGGCUAUUUGUUGAGUCGGUGUGUUGCAAUUUGUGCAUACUUUAACCUGCUUUAUUAAGCUCUUUCUCUUAACUUUCCAUGUUCUGUACAGUACAUUUUAAGUGGUUCUGUACAUAUGUUGUGCCUCCACGGACUGGAUUUACACAGGCACAAAUAAGGGACAUAUUCUGUUAAAUUGGAUAUUUUAUUUGCUGUUUAUCAUUUGUAGUUUUUCUCUUAAAAAUUUCAGUGCAGAGUUUUGUCCUUGUGGACCAGCAGUCAGAGUCUCUCUGGCCCCAGUGAUUGUUCUGUGCCAUGCGCGCCCCUGAGGGCCACACCACUGAUACUCUGCUGUGAACUAUCAUAAAUGUGUCAAACUUUUGUUGCCUUCUAUAUAAUAAAACAUUUCAAAUAUCA